GAGCUCCCGCAGCCCCCCGCAGCCCUCCGCAGCCCUCCGCAGCCCCCCAUAGCCCCCGCAGCCCCCGCUGCCCCCCAUAGCCCCUGCAGCCCCUGCCCCGCAUCGCACAGCCCGGCCGGGGCGCGGGAGAGCGGGGAACCAACCCCCCCCUUCAGAACACUGACCAAAUAAAGGUGAAUUCUUCGGCUUGAGCUGCGCUCCGGAGGGACCGAGAGGAGAUUUGCGUCCCUUCCAGCGGCCGGGAGAGGCGCGGGAGGUGCGGGGACAGCAUGGGCGGAGGGGCCGCGAGGAGCGGCCGCCCCCUGCGCCUGGAGCGGCUGCUGCUGCUGCUGGGGCUGUGCAGCUGGACGGCUGCCCUGCGAGGAAAUGAUAACAGUGAAGCCCUUCCAGAGUCCAUCCCAUCUGCUCCUGGAACUCUGCCUCACUUCAUGGAGGAGCCAGAUGAUGCCUACAUUAUAAAAAGCAACCCCAUUGUCUUACGCUGCAAGGCGAUGCCAGCUAUGCAGAUUUUCUUCAAGUGCAACGGUGAAUGGGUCCAUCAGAAUGAGCACGUGUCUGAGGAGAGCAUGGAUGAGACCACAGGACUGAAGGUUCGAGAGGUGUUCAUCAACGUGACCAGGCAGCAGGUGGAAGAUUUUCAUGGCCCAGAAGAUUACUGGUGUCAGUGUGUUGCGUGGAGCCAUCUGGGAACCUCCAAGAGCAGGAAGGCAUCUGUCCGCAUCGCCUAUCUACGGAAGAACUUCGAGCAAGACCCGCAGGGGAAGGAGGUUCCGAUCGAGGGGAUGAUCGUGCUGCACUGCCGCCCGCCCGAGGGAGUCCCUGCAGCCGAGGUGGAAUGGCUGAAGAAUGAGGAGCCCAUAGAUUCCAACCUGGAUGAGAACAUUGACACCAGAGCAGACCACAACCUCAUCAUUCGACAGGCACGUCUGUCUGACUCUGGGAACUACACCUGCAUGGCCGCCAACAUCGUAGCCAAGAGAAGAAGCAUGUCUGCCACAGUCGUGGUGUACGUUAACGGAGGCUGGUCGUCGUGGACCGAGUGGUCGAACUGCAACGCGCGCUGCGGCCGGGGCUGGCAGAAGCGAUCGCGGACCUGCACCAACCCUGCUCCUCUCAACGGAGGUGCCUUCUGCGAGGGAAUGUCCGUGCAGAAAAUCACCUGCACUUCUCUCUGCCCUGUGGAUGGAAGCUGGGAGGUGUGGAGCGAGUGGUCGGUGUGCAGCCCGGAGUGCGAGCACCUGAGGGUUCGGGAGUGCAUCGCACCGCCUCCGAGGAACGGGGGGAAGUACUGUGAGGGCUUGAAUCAGGAGUCAGAGAAUUGCACGGAAGGGCUCUGCAUUCAAGAUAAAAAACCUCUUCAUGAAAUAAAAUCCCAAAACAUUGAGGCCGCCAGCGACGUUGCCUUGUACUCGGGGCUGGGAGCGGCGGUGGUCGCCGUGGCCGUGCUGGUGGUCGGCGUCGCCCUGUACAGGCGCAGUCAGAGUGAGUACGGCGUGGAUGUCAUUGAUUCAUCUGCACUGACGGGAGGCUUCCAGACAUUUAAUUUUAAAACAGUCAGACAAGGUAACUCCCUGCUUUUGAACUCAUCCAUGCAGCCAGACCUGACAGUGAGCAGAACAUACAGUGGCCCCAUCUGCCUGCAGGAUCCCAUGGACAAGGAGCUGAUGACAGAGUCGUCGCUGUUCAACCCACUGUCAGACAUCAAAGUCAAAGUUCAGAGUUCAUUCAUGGUGUCCCUGGGGGUGACAGAAAGGCCUGAAUAUCAUGGGAAGGCACAUUCUGGAACUUUUCCUCAUGGGAAUAACAGAGCUUUUGGUACAAUACAGGCUAGAAACAAGGCUACAUAUAUUCAGAACUUGUCUUCUAUUUCAACAGCAAGUGAGCUGAAGACAACUGCCAUUUUUGGACACCUGGGUGGCCGUUUAGUGGUUCCAAACACAGGAGUCAGUUUGUUGAUACCACAUGGAGCUAUUCCUGAAGAAAGUUCAUGGGAAAUCUAUCUUGCCAUCACUCAAAAGGAGUCCAGCCUGCAGCCAGAAGGCACAGAUGUUCUUCUAGGACCAGAAGUAACUUGUGGCCCCUCGGAUGUGUCUGUCAGCACGCCAUUUGCCCUGACAAUACCACACUGUGCAGAAGUGAAUCCAGAGCACUGGAAUAUUCACUUGAAAAAAAGGACACAGCAAGGGAAAUGGGAGGAAGUGAUGUCUGUGGAAGAGGAAACUACUUCUUGCUACUGCCUGUUGGAUCCUUAUGCCUGUCACAUUCUCUUAAACAGCUUUGGAACUUAUGCUCUUAUUGGAGAACCGAUCUCUGACUGUGCCGUUCGACAGCUGAAAGUAGCGGUUUUUGGCUGCCUGUCUUGCAAUUCUCUGGAUUACAAUCUGAGGGUAUAUUGUAUGGAUAACACACCUUGUGCAUUUCAGGAGGUGGUUUUGGAUGAGAGGCUCCAGGGAGGUCAGUUGCUGGAAGAACCAAAACUCUUGCAUUUCAAAGGGAACACCUUCAGUCUUCAGAUGUCUGUCCUCGAUAUCCCUCCUUUCCUUUGGAGAAUUAAACCAUUUACUGCCUGUCAGGAGGUGCCGUUCUCCCGCGUGUGGGGCAGCAGCCGGCAGCCGCUGCACUGCGCCUUCUCGCUGGAGCGCUACACGCCCGCCACCACGCAGCUGUCCUGCAAGGUCUGCGUGCGCCAGCUCAAGGGCCACGAGCAAGUCCUGCACAUCCAGACAUCCAUUCUAGAGAACGAAAGAGAAGCCAUCACUUUCUUUGCACAUGAUGACAGCAACUUCCCUGCACAGAUGGGGCCAAAAGCAUUCAAAAUCCCCUACUCCAUCAGACAACGUAUCUGUGCAACCUUUGACACACCCAACGCCAAAGGCAAAGACUGGCAGAUGUUGGCACAAAAAAACAGCAUUAACAGGAACCUCUCCUAUUUUGCUAAACAAAGCAGUCCAUCUGCUGUCAUUUUGGACCUCUGGGAAGCCCAACAUCAACAUGAUGGUGACCUUGACUCCCUAGCAUGUGCUCUGGAAGAAAUAGGAAGGACACACUCCAAAAUCUCAGACAUAACAGAAACUGAGAGUGAGGAGCCUGACUUCAACUACAGCAGACAAAAUGGACUCUAGUCUCUUUGUUCCAUUCAAGAACCGAUGGCCAGCUUUGACUCUAACACUAGAAAUUCUCUUUGGCAGGGAGGAAAUGAGGGUUUCUGCACAGUGUGUAUGGAAACAGACAUUAAUUUUUACAAUGAAGUUUUCAGUUGGAGGAGCAGAAGCAGCCCUGUUAAAUAUCACCACAGUAAUAAGGAAAACACAAGCUUCUCCCUGUUCUCUGUCAUUGGAAGUUUAUGUUUUAAUGUCAAAACCAGAUCUACACAACUAUCUUUCCUGGGGCAGGAAGGAGUGAGACACAGAGCCAUUGAAAGGUAAAUAUUAUGACAUAAUGUGUUAGGAAACAGUAACGCUAAGAUGAUGCCUAGUGAAAAUCAACAAAUAUGCUACUGACUAUUUAGAGCCACUAGAGAUUAAUCCUAGUUUAAAGGUUUGUCUUUUGGGGCCUCGAGUUCCCUUUGCCCUGCAUCUCUAACUCACCACACUUAAAAGAGUGGGUUUAAAACGUCAUUUGAUAUCAUCACGUUGGAUCUGCUACAGGAAAACUAGAAAUUUGGCCUUAUCCUGUUCAGAUGUUUGAGGAAUCAGAAGAUCUCAUGACUAUUUAAUUCAUAUCAUGUGUAUUCAAAACAAUUUCUUUUACAGAUUCAAUCACUUAAUGAAUGUGUGUUUGCUGCAGAGCUCUCCUGCCUGUUCUGUGGGCAAAGUAACAGAACAAGAUCCUUUUCUCUGAAAUUAGUGAGUGUGCCUGUGCAAGAGGAAUUUUCUCAAAUUCUUGGUCUGAAAACUUUCAUUUAGUCAACAAAUGUUUAUUUGGGGGUGGAUGUAAAUAACCAAAUAAACCACAGGAAGCUGCCAGCCCUGAUUUAUCAAGUUCACACAGGUUUUUAUUACUUCGCGUUCUGGGGCUAACCUAAAAUGCAGCAGUGAAGUCAGUCAGCACAGCUUCAUUUAGGUUUAGUUUCAGACUGAAAUAAACUUCAUGUGACUGGGGGGUUGGACUAGAUGAUCUCUAGAGGUCCCUUCCAACCCUACCAUUCCAUGGUUCUGUACUGCCAAAAACUGCCUUUAAUUUCAUUGUACAAUUUGGAUAUUUCACAGGUUAUAAGGCUGGCUGUGAUUAGUCACAAACAUAUUGCAUUUACCACCAAAACCAGAAUCCAGCUAAAGAAUUCUCCUCCUUUUUUAUCCAUUUCAUACCAAAAAACCCCAUUUUUAACUUCAACUGAACCAAAAAGCAAGCUGUCACUGUGAGGGCUGCAGUGGAACUCUUACUGAGCCAAAUUUAACCAUUAUUUUUACACAUAUGUACUUUAAAAUUAGCCAAGGUGCUCAUUAGCUCUGGCCCUAGGCUAUCAGUUCUGUGAUGGGAAGGGAAUCAGUCUAAAGCAGGAACACAAACAGGUCUUCAGGAGCUUUAUGGAAAUACAAGAAGUUUUUAAGAAUCAUUCUGGGUUUUUUUUCACCUCCAUAUUUGUCCAAGAGCUGCUUGGGGUGCAAAUCUAAACCACUCUGGAAUGACUUAUUUACCCAAGACUGCAGUUCUGAGAAGCAUGAUGAACAACUCUUGAUAUAAGACUUUGUUUGUUCUCAGUGAUCUGAAGUUGCAGAUUUCAUUGCUUUCCCAACUCAGAAGGCUGGAAUAGUCUCAGACUUAUAAAUACUUACGACUUCCCCAAACGUUUUCUGCACUUCAGUGUUUCAUGCAGCCUGACAAGAGAGUUCCUGUUUGCAGUGGGAAAUCAUAAUGGCUCCAAGCAUAUUUAAGACUGAGACAAAAAUACCAGCUUAUUUGGCAGCAAGCUGUCACUGUUUUGAGCAGCACAUGCUUCUAACUGUGUUUGAAUUAUAUUUCUAGUGACUUCCAGUUCUCCUCCUCAGAAACCUGUUCUUCAUUGGACAAAAUGUCAUGAAUUAACAAAAUAGAGAAUGGCAUCCACAGCAAAGCCGUGGAGUUUAGUGAGCUGCUGUUGUCUGGGAAACCAGCUCCAGUCUCUCUCCAGCAGUUAAUUUGUUCUCAGCUUCCACUCAGAUUCAGUUUUACUUUGCAGACUAGCCUAGGUCAGCUGCCACAACGAUGACCUUGGUACCUCCCAGGUGCUGUAAUGUACUCAUGUCAUUCCAAAGAGCUGUAUGUGUUUUCUCCUCUUGUUUUCCAAAUAUAUGUGAGCUACACACAGCACAUGGGGUCAAAAAGAGGUGAUAUGUGGAGCUCAGAUCUUAAAGCUUUUUCUCAGGAAAUGCCCAGACUUGGGUAGCUUUGACAAACCUCUGUGUACAGAAACACCAACUCUGCCUACUGACUGCUCAGUAAAGCCUAGAGAGGAAGGCAGAAGCUGUCUCGACUGACUUCCUCCAAAGUGUGUCUAAAAGGGCCUCCAGACUGAAAGGAUCCGGGUUGUGCACCUAAACCCAAGUUAGAUCCAAAAUCCAAUGAGGUCUAGUGUCCAAGUUCAUGGACUGAAAAGGAAGUAAAUGUCAAAGUUGCUUACAAUGCCAGAAAAGAAACUGCUCAGUUUUGGGGCUGAGGGUAAGAUCUUCAUUUUACAUUGCUCAGUAUUGUUCCUUUCCCAUUAAGUUUUGUUUCCUGGUUAUUCUUCACUUUUGCUAGAGCAGCAUCUUUGUUAUUGAUCUUACAUUUGUCAGUUGGAAUCCAGAACUCUGGUUUUCCCAAGCUGGUACUGUGUUGAUGCUCUUGUGUUGUGGAAGUGGACUAGAAAUGCCUCAGUACUGCUGCUUUACCUUUCUCUCACUGGCAUGGGGUUUGACACAGUAACCAAACCACUAGCCUACAUUUCUAAUGUGAGCUUGUCUAGCUGUACACCUGAGCCUUGUAAAAACUGCCAUGUUGUAUCAAGUGAGAAUCAUUUAAUAGGAAUAGUGACUGGGUCUGAAAGUGUAGGGAAGCUGUAAGGAACGUGCCCUGCCCUGAGGGACCUCCUCAGCACAGGGCUAGACCACUGUGUCUAAGAAUCACUGACAUUGUCCUUCAGCAAAUUGACUUAUCCCUUUUUGAACCCACUGAAACACUUAAACAAAAUCCAGGAGAAAGUACCACAACCAUCUUUGUCACUUUUAGAACCUGCCCUUUGUUUCCCAGCUGCCCUGGGUUAACGUGUGCUGCCUCACACUGGCGCUGAGUUCUCUUUGUUCUGUGUAGUAAAGAACAUGGAGUAACUGUUACCAAACCAUCUUCUCCAUAUUACAGAUUAUUUUACAGGCUUCUCACAUUUCAUUUCCUCUCACCCUCCUGUCUAGGUUGAAAGACCUGAUUUAUUCCAUUACUGUCUGUAUCUUUUUGGAGAUAGAGACCAAUAACCUGCUUUUCAACAGGAACACAGACUAAAUCAUGCAAUUCCUCCAUUUCCUCAGUUUCCUGUUGUUCCCACAUUCAGUAGCAACCACAGAGGAUUGAGAUCUCCGUGUAACAUAAAAGCCACAAGAAACACCAGUGAGAGUGCAGGACACCUGAGAUUACAGUAACUGACAUUACUACACAGAUUGCUCAAGCUAAUGCAUCCUGACCAUCCAAACGUGCAGCUGGAGAAAACCAGCCUGAGGUGAUGGAGAAAGGUGACAAAAUCAUUAACACAAAAAGGGGAAAUGACUUGUUCUCUAUCCCAUAAUGACAAGUAUUAACAGACAGUAACUGGACAGUAAAGCACUAAGUUAGAGCCUUGCAUGGAAAAACAGGCUACAAGUUUUUUCUAUCCCCUUUACCCCCCACUGCAUCUGUUGAUUACCUGAUCAGCCUGGUGCAGACGUGCCUGAUUUCAGAUGCUCUUUCUGUUGUUUUGCAUUCUCAUCACCAGAGGAUAUGAACAGCACUUAGCACUUUUACUUAUGGAGGUUUACGCCAGUUCUCCCUUUUUUUUAUGCACAGUCACAGUUUUAGAGGUGGAGGAAUUAGGUAAAUGCUUCUGCUACCAUAUAAAUGAGGCAGCCACAUAGAUUUUCCUACUAUUAACAAACAGCUAAAGAAUACAAGAAAGAGAGGUUAAUAUUCUUAUCCUAUUUUGUACAGUGAGCUGAGCUUUGCCAGCUCCCCCACAAGCCCAGUGUAGGUGCAAUUUGCUGUACAAUUUGCUAUACAUAAAUGUCUGCAUUAAAAAGAUGUUUUUGCAGUCUGCAUACACACACAUAUAUAUAAUGAUCCAAAACACAGCUGUAAAGGAGCAUCUGAAGUGGGAUUAGAGGUGAGGAAUUGGAGAUGGUUCCUUUCCUGUAUUUUACAAAUUAUAGCUUUUGAAUUAAAAUAUUUUUUUGAAUCUCUUCUUUACUGGGAGACAGAGGAAGGGAGAAAGGGCAUGUUCCAUGCUCAGAGUCCAGCCAGCUGCCCCGAGUCUGAGCUGGUAAAAUAGCCAUUCUGAUUUUACAUCACCAAAGAGUCUGCUCCAGUAUAUUUUCUUCUUCCUAAGCACUUUUCCUGGCUAUUUCUGUGCUGUGAGUCAUUUAAGAGUAAUAGUUGCAUUUUUAAAGUGAUGUAGGGCUUUGUCACCAAAAUGGUGCACUUCAGAGCUCUGCCAGGCUGCAGCCUCGUAAAGCUCAUUUAUAGUUUUUACAACAAUGCUUUUGCAAUCUCACUAGUUUACAUUAAGAUCCUUUAAGCCACAAGGAAAGGAACUCCAUUCUAUACAUUUAAAUUCGAGCUUCAUUUACCAGUGCAAAUCCCAUAACACCGGGAUGGACUCCCACAAAAAUGGUAUUGGGCUUUUUGUUAUAGAUGAAAAGAUAUCAAAAAAACCCUCUUAAAAUACAGGGAACUAUUUUUGUUAUUAUUUUUAUCUCUGGCAACAGCUGGUCUCCUCCACAAGCCUGUGCACAGCUUGCUAUCAGCAGGUUAUGAGAGAAGCUUAUUCAGUAUAAAUCACUAAACCAGGGAUCUUCUUGUAGGACUCUAUGGUGUCAGCAUAGUAAAGGCCUGUUGUUUGGGGUUUUUUUUUCACUUGAAAGAUAGUGCUGUAUGAGUGUUUUAAAACAUUCAGUAGCUGAUCCAUUCCAGAUCAUAUUUUCCACUACAAAAAAUAUAGGUUGUGUAGACAGUGCAGAGGAACUGUUGUGGACUUCUAUUCAUGAUUUAGUUGUUUUUUCUCCCAGUCUGUUCCUGCCUAUAAAACACAGAUUUAAGCAAAGGGCUGCAUUAUUUCUUGCAUGGUAAUGAACUGUCUGGAAAGCAGGAAAUUAGACUUCUAAGCCAAGUCCAUAACAACUAUAAAUGGUCAUCAGAUUUGUCUUUCUGGCCUUUCUUCUACUAACUUGAAUUAUACCUAGGAAGGUCUCUGGGUUUUUACACAGCAGCAGAGAUGGUAACACUAUUCACUGAGAAUCUUUUUCAUCAUAAACUGCUGAAGAAUGGUUUCUAUGAGUUGGUCAUUUAUGGUACACGCUUUGGUAAAACUCCUCGCUUGACAAUGUUCCUGCUUCACAGGAGGCUGUUGGGUUUCCCACAGCAGCAUGUAAAAUGGCACAUCUAUCCUUUCUUGGAUAUAUAAUGAUUGUCUAGUUAAAUUACUUAGAACAUAAAGGAUUCCUGAGCAAAUACAGUACCUUAAAACACUAGGUAUAGAACACACUAUACCCUGUAGCAACAAAUAAAACUCAAUGUGCUGGCAAAAGAUCACGAAUCAUUUUCUAGUAACACACAGUCCAGCUCUUUGCUCUCAUUGCCAAUACCAGCAUAACUGGUGGCAAAAAUCUCCUUUCCAACAGGAACAAAAAUAGAUAAAUCACUCCAAGAUUAAAGAAUCACUUAGAGAAUCAUUUGAUAGUAACAGUGUCCGCAAUGCAGGCAACAGAACUUCUCUUGCUGCAAGUAGGAGGGAAAUCUGUCAGUGUCCAUGUUCACUGUUCUGUCCAAAGCCAAAAUAAGUGUCUAGGAACUUGCCACUAUAUUUUUUGUAUUAGAAGUGAAUAGUACAGAUUCUACUAGUGUUUCUUGUCUAG